AUGGCUCUUUAUAGUACUUUUGAGCCCGUACGUGCUUUAUUGCUCCAUCGUUUGCCCUUGUCCACUUUAGAGCAAGCCAUUACUAAACUAUUAUUAGAGGAGUCUCUAUUUGGGACUCUUAAAUCUCAGCAUAUGGAUUCUGUUCUUGCUACGCCAUCCUUACAGAGUUCCUCAUCUUCACAGCCCGCUAGUUCAUGCCAGUAUUGUUCUAACCGUGGCCUUCUAGCUACUCAUUCUUUUGUUCAGUGCCAGGGGACAAUUAAUGUUACGUCUACAUAUGACAGUAGGACGCAUGAUGUGGAAGGUUCUUUGGUUGCAAGGGGAGACUUGUGGAGAGUAGAGGCAUCACAUGGCAGUUCUACAUCAGGAACUGAGAAUUCUUCCCUCUUCCUUGUCCAGCUUGGACCUGUACUGUUUGUUCGUGACUCAACACUUCUUCUGCCAGUUCACCUGUCAAAACAACACUUGCUUUGGUAUGGGUAUGAUAGGAAGAAUGGAAUGCACUCUCUUUGUCCAGCUGUGUGGUCUAAACAUAGAAGGUGGCUCUUGAUGUCAAUGAUCUGUCUCAAUCCUUUGGCAUUUUCAUUCAUGGAUUUGCAGUUUCCAAAUGGUCAGUUAACCUAUGUGUCUGGUGAGGGCAUAUCCACUAGUACGUUCUUACCUUUUUGUGGUGGCCUGCUUCAAGCUCAAGGCCAAUAUCCAGGCGAGAUGAAGUUCAGUUUCUCUUGCAAGAACAAAUGGGGAACACGCAUCACACCAACUGUACAGUGGCCUGACAAAUCAUUCACAAUGGGUCUUGCUCAAGCUUUAGCUUGGAAGAGAUCUGGUCUUAUGGUGAGGCCAACCAUACAAUUCAGUGUAUGCCCAACAUUUGGUGGAAGCAAUCCUGGGUUACAGGCUGAACUAAUUCAUUCUGUGAACGAGGAGUUGAGUCUGAUUUGUGGUUGUGCUUUCAUGUCACAUCCUUCUGCAUUUGCAUCACUAUCUCUUGGCAGAUCGAAGUGGAAUGGAAAUGUUGGCAAUUCGGGGAUAGUCCUGAGAGUCGAAACUCCUCUCAGCAAUGUCGGCAGGUCUUCCUUCUCUGUUCAGUUAAAUAGUGGUAUUGAGUUUUGAUUUUUAUUACCGCACACGUACCGUUCAGUUUUUAACUGUAUAUAAAUAGUCUUGAGCUCAUAAAUAUAAACACAAUUUAUUUCAAUCUUGGUUCAUUGUAUAUACGAACACUACACCAUGGUAAAUAUGUUUGGAUUCUGGAAUUUUGGAGAUGAUGGAUAAAUGGAAUUGUUUUGGAUUCA